AUGCAAUACAAUACUUUAAGUGCUUACGCUUUUAGCGCCCUGGCUGGAAGUGUCUUUUGUCUUUUCCUCUCUUUUGCUAAGGAUGACGAAUAUUCCAUCAGUUUUUCAAUUUUUGCUAGCUAUUUUAAUAUUUACUGUACGAAAUACAAUUAUUUGCUCUUUAAUUGCUCUUAUAAUGUAAAAAACGUUAUAGAAUUUAAAUCUCUACCGGAAGCAGUACGUAUACAUGAUAACAUAGCUUGCCAGCAGGAUGGAAAAAGGUGUGUGUACUUAGCAUCCAUUGCUCCAGCUGUACUCUUUUCGAGUUUUAUAAUUCUGUGUACGGCCCGCCGAAAACCACUUUUAUUAAUACUUUCGGGAUGUCUGGGGGUUACAGCAACUGUAAUGUUUAUGUGGAAUGCUUGUUCAGUCACAAGGCUAAUGAGUUUAAGGAACUAUUUCUUAAAUUAUUAUUUUAUCAUUCCUUACUGCUUCUCGGCCGUGGCGACUGCAUUAUCUGUAACGUAUGAUGGAUCUUUGUCGCCCAAUUUACUGGCCCGGAGACUGUUUAUAAGCACUGCGAAAUGCUCCCCUACGAGAAAAUUCCGGAAUUUAGUAACGCACGUGGAAGGCAGCUAUAGCUGUAAUCCCAGUACAAUCCAAAUUAAUGCCCAGGCAGUAGAUGCGUACGAAGUGAUCGGCGGGGAUGCACAACAAAUACAAGCGUCAUUUGUUAUGCAGCAAGAGUUUGCUUCGAGCACAAAGGUUUACGUGCGAUCGCCACCAGAGCUAAUUGCCAACAUGUCCCCAGGUACUUCACCUGAGGAAAACAAAGGAUUACCUUAUUUUCGAAGGGGAGACGACGCUCAUGACAUCCCUUAA